CACGCUAGCAGAAGAUUUCAUGAUAUAGAUGGAAAUGUGAUUAAAAGUGACUCUGGUAUAUGGAUUAAUGGAUUUGACUAUAAUGGAAUAUCUCACAUAACUCCCCAUGUACCUGAAAUCAAUGACACCAUUAGAACUCCCUGUGAAGAGCAGGCGCCUUUCUGUGGUCUCCCUUGGAUUCUGCCAGUGCAUUUCUUGUUCCGGUUGGUGUGGUAUCUUCCUGCUCCAGAAAUUUUUCCAAGAAGCCCCAUUCACUUCAAAGUUCUGUCCAAGGAGCUGAUGCCCUGGAACUCUAUGAGGUUAAACUUUGAAGUAUCUGGACCAAGUCACAUGUCUUUGUAUGUGAGGCCACAUGAAGGGUCGUCACUGUCCGCGUGGUCUCUUGGGGAUGGGCAGCCAGUUGCUAGCGUAGGAGGCGACUACUUUGUGUUUUACUCCCACGGGCUGCAUGCUACGCCGUGGCACUUCUGGGUAGAGCUGACG